GGGCGGCGGCGCAAGCGGCCGGUGCCGCGGGGCAAGCCGCCCUACAGCUACAUCGCCCUGAUCGCCAUGGCCAUCGCCCAGGCGGCCGAGCGGCGGCUGACGCUGGGCGGCAUCUACCGCUUCAUCACCGAGCGCUUCCCCUUCUACCGCGAGAACCCCAAGAAGUGGCAGAACAGCAUCCGCCACAACCUCACCCUGAACGACUGCUUCGUCAAGGUGCCGCGGGAGCCGGGCCACCCGGGCAAGGGCAACUACUGGGCGCUGGACCCGGCGGCCGAGGACAUGUUCGACAACGGCAGCUUCCUCCGCCGCAGGAAGCGCUUCAAGCGGGCCGAGCUCGCCACCUACCCGCCCUACUCCGCCUUCAGCCCCGCCGCCCCCUACGCGCCCGCCGGCUACAGCCCGCCGCCGCCCGCCGGCGCCCCUUACCCGCGGGGCUUCACCAUCGACAGCCUCAUGGGCGGCGCCGAGCUGGGCCUGAGCCCCGCCGCCGAGCUGGGCGGCUGCCCCGAGCCCGCCUGCUUCCCGCCCGCCAGCCCGCUGGGCCGGGGCUACCCCUACUCCGCCUCGCCGCCGCUGCCCGGGCCCCCGAGCGGCUACUCCCCGCCCAGCAGCGCCCCGCUCUACGGCGCCGCCGGCCGGCUGGGCCCGCCGCCCGGGCGCGCCGCCGCCUCCUGCGCCGAGCACCCCGAGCCGCUCUUGGCGCUGGCCGGGCCGCAGUUCGGCCCCAAUCCCGCCUACAUGCGGCAGCCCGGCUUCGCUUCGGGACUCGAACGCUACAUGUGA